AUGCUAAGGUCGCUAUUGGAGGCUGCUGGGUCACUCGGAUCGUUGAGUCGAACUAGUACUCGUACGUUUUCCCAAACGGCAACAACAUCAAAUGAGAUCCUUCGGCAAUUUUUCGACGAUGAAGCCAAUUUUGGAAAAUCAGAGCUGCGACCGAAGAAGAGACCUGGACGGGCAUGGUCGGAAGAUGAGCUUCGGUUGAAGAGUAAUUCGGAUUUGCACAAGCUCUGGUAUGUAUGCCUAAAAGAGCGUAAUAUGUUGCUGACCAUGCGGAAUGCAUAUAGAGAACAUGCUCGAUCCAUGCCAAACCCAGAGAGGAUUGAUCGAGUUAAUGAGACUAUGAAAAACAUAGAGACUGUUGUGCAUGAACGAAAUGAUGCAUUCUAUCGUCUAGAAACAGGGCAGGGUGCAGAUCCACCUAUUCGAACUGUAACAUCUUUUAUGGGAUUCACAUACAAGAAACAAGCAGAGGAGCACCUCGAGCCUCCCAAUGAAAAGAAUAAGGAAUACGAAGUUCCUUAUCUUGAUGAUGAUGCAUACAUGAUGCAAAAACUGUGGAAAGAAAAAGAGUUCAUGAAGGAGAGGGACAGGCGAGAUAUUGAAAACCAGCGCCGCGUUGUGACGGACGAAAUGAAGAGAAACAAAAGGAGCACGAAAAGUGUUCACCUCAGAAACUUCGGAAAGUUGUUAAGGUGCGAAGUUCGAAAUGUACGACGCAACGUUCCUUAA